AUGAAGAUUGAAGAAGAGUCAAAAGACAUAAUUGUACUUGCUGAAAUUUUAGGAGAUGGAAAAACAUUGACAGCAUUUGGAAUUGCCAUGCAAUGUUGGUCAAUCUAUAUUGAUUGUUCUCCUAUUAUAGGGCAAUAUGAUGCCCAUUUGACAUCAGAACUUCAAAGAAUCAUAGGUAUAAAACCUAAGUUUAAUUGUAUUGAUCAACAAAAUGAAGCAUUUUACAUGCUGGACAUAGUGGUAGUCUCACGUGAACUUUUACUUGUUAAGAUGAUUAUUGAAGAAAAUAUCUUAGGCCUUAAAAAAUAUGAUACUCUUACUAUUACUACAUUUAUCAAAAAGAUUAAUGCUUGUCUCAAAGUAUCUAAUCUAACCUUAAUAUUUGAUGAAGCACAAAUCCUAUGUGGAUUCGAAUAUGGAAAAUAUCAAGGGAGUUCAGUUCCUGGUAAAGAAUGGAAUCUUUUGCAAGGUUAUGUAGCACAUCUCAAAUAUCCCAUUACCUGCCUUUUUGUCAGCACAUACAUGCAUAUGGCGAACGGAAUUUCUCUUAUCACUUCUGCUGGAAAAGUUCCAAAUUUGCAUACUCAUAUUGUACUAAAACUUCCCUUUCUUUCACAUGAUGAUGUCUUGCAGAACCUUGAUGCCAUAAUUGACCUAACGCAUGUUACGCCCGAAACUUGCAACCUCUUGAGAUAUAUUCUCAGAGGGCGACCUCGAAACUGUGCAUCAUUUGUUUAG